AUGCUGUCCAUAUCCCAAUCAUAACCUAACCAGAAAAAAAAAGUAACGUAAAUAAAUUUUUAUAAAGACCGCUUUGUUCGACUUCAUCAUCUUAAUUCAAAGACCGAACAUUCUCUUUUUUCUUUUUGGUAAAAAAGACAGAACCUUUUCAUUAUGUCCUGCUGAAACAAUGCCCAACUCCAACGCCGACCGUACUCAUCCUCCUCCUCCUCCGCAGCCGUCUCUUUCCUCACUGCCUGACGAUAUCGUUUUGAGAUGCUUGGUCCUUGUCCCAAGGAUCUAUCACCUAAACAUCUCAUGGGUCUCAAAACACCUAAGAUCCCUUGUCCACUCGCCUGAGCUCAACGCCUUGCGAUCCAUCCUCCUCCCCAGGAGCUCCUCCCUCCAUGUAUGUUUUGAAGAAAUCCACGGCAACGGCAUUGACGAAGAAGAACAUUCAACCUUCCACUGGUUUACUCUGACUAGUACAGAGGAGGAGUAUGGGUUUGUUCUGACCCCAACUCCGUUCCCUCCUCAUCCUAAUUACGGUUCUACAACAGUCGUUUCAGUGGGCUCAAAGAUCUUCUUCAUUGGCGGAUCUAGAGAACCAUCCACGGAUCUAUGGAUCCUUGAUACACGAACUGGAAACAUGACUCAGGGACCGAGCAUGAGUGUGCCUCGAGUACAUCUCCAAGCAGCUGUGGGAGUAAUCGACGGGAAGAUAUACAUACUCGGAGGCGGAAAGUUUGAUGAAGAGUUCAAAGUUGAAGUUUUUGAUCCAGAGUCGGAGACUUGGGAGCUUGCUGGGGCGGAGAUCGUUCGUAAGAUUCCACGGAGUGGUUCCUCGGUACUGGAGGGGAAGGUUUAUAUGGUGGAGUACGGGGAGAUAAAUGUGUACAAUCCGAGAGAAGGUGGAGGACAACGGAUGGUUCAUAUGGUAAGCCAGAGACUCUCGGAAGACGACGGAAGCAAGGUUAAGUUCACUGGAAUGGCGUAUAACGUGUGUGUGGUGGAGGAUGUUCUCUUUGCUUUCUUUAUCCGGACCGGGUUGAUGUGGUUUGAUACAAAGCUCAAUGUGUGGAGGAAAUUGAUUGGUCGUGAUGGGAAGGAGCUGGUUAUCUCACGUGUGAGGGCCAUGUCGGAAUAUGACGGAAGGCUUGUUGUUUUUACCUACAUUAUUCCAGCUGACGUCUUGAGGAAAUCAAAUGCAGUUGAUAUGAAGAAGGAUGUUCAGUGUAUGUUGGUCUCACUGGAUAGAGCCGGAGACAAGAUUUGUGGGACGAUCGAUUGGUCUGGUAUUGUGGCUACAGUCCCAGUUUGGUUUAAUUCUCGGCAUUGUUUAGCUGUUUCCGAGUGAUUGGUUAGAGUGUGUGUUCUUGAGAGAGCAAGUUGUUUGCAAACUAGAAAGAGAUUUAUAAUGGAACCAAAUAAAGAAAUGAACAUGUUUUGAAGUUUUUGGAAUGAAAGGAAUUUGUUUGUAAUAACUGUUGCUUGCU